AUGUUUAAUCCCGCUAAGUUUUCCGGGGUGGAGAUCGCGCGGCUCCGAGCUGUAUGCGCGUCGCCGCAGGCCCCGGCAGGACAACACCAAGUCCGUAAGGGAACAGACGAUGAAUGGAAGAUUGUCUUGGGUUUAAUCGAGGGCACCAUAGCAUGCCGCAACAUGCCGGCUUUUCUUCCGCACAUCCUCCGAAGUGAGGAAUGCCUCAGACUGGUUUCUACGAUUCAGGCUCAGGUAGAAGGCGAAUUGAUUAUGCAAUUGGGGCGCUCUGGGAGUGUCCGGGUUACCCGACAGAGUACGAAAGCUAUCACCGAGCGGAUCCUGGAAUCGGCGGAGCUGGCGCGAGUAAACUUACCUGCGCUACACAACAUGCUAGGCCAGACGAAGAAGAUCAGCUACGAUCAAGUAACGAAGUCGAUUCACUUCUAUUUCUUUACCAGAGAAACUGCCGAGAAGCACAAGGAGGUGCGGGUGCCUUUUUCGGGAGGAGUAUACCGGCUCCUGAAUGCCCACCGAGCAGCGGCCGGCCCGAUAUGGGACCGACAGCGGGGGCUUAAUGGACAACCACAAGGCCGGCGAGUGGAAUACACGAUUCUGCUUCUCAAUGUAACUCGGUUUGUCGACAUAGGCCGGAUUGCAGCUUUUUUGAAGGAGAAGAUUUUGACGGAAUUCGUGAUGGAGGACCUGGACACGCAUACCCCCGAUUCCAGGACAUCGACAAUAUGGAGGGUAACCUUCAAACUAGCGGGCUGUCCGACUUUCCUCGACGGCAUUGUUCGGUUGUUAUGGUUCGGGACGACCAUAAUUGUUAAGCCUCCGAAUGUCGGCAGGCGGCUGCAGUGUCUUCAAUGUGGCAACCUCGGCCACACGCUGGCGCGGUGUACAUUCACCGACCUUCAGUUGCGCGGGCCAGGGGGCGUAGUCGUAAUGGAGGAGGACGUCAAGGGUCUCGAGGAUCUUGCGAGACCAUUUCUCAGCUUCGAGGAAAUUAAAGAGAUGGCAGGGCGGCGCCUAGCGCUCCAAGAAGCAGCGGAGGAGUUAGCUCAAGCAGCGGUUUCGCCACCCGCGCGAGGACAAAUAUCAGGGACGCAAGCCGCUAUUUCACUUCCUGAGGUUACGAGCCCCAGUAGUGCUCCACAAGCGGAACAAGGGGAGAAGUUUGCUCACAUGCAACCAGAUCCGCGUCCAGCAGCACCACAGCCGUGGAUCACCAAGCAGUCCAAAAAGGGACGAUCGAGAGGUUCGUCUAAAGCGGCCACGGGCCAGGUAAAAGCGGUGGCCUCACAGGUGCGGACAGGAGGGCAGGAGCUUAUAGGCGAGGAUGGCGAGGACUGGGCCGAGGAGACAAAAACUAGUUCGGAUGCGUCGGAAGAGAUCAGGGUGCUUCAUUCACGGUCAGCCGGGGCACUUAAUCCAACGGUGGGCUUAUCUGACGGGGCCGGUACGCACUCGCUUCUUACGUCUUCCGAGAAGGCCCGGAAGCAACGGGGGGCUGGACGUGGGUCGGCUCCGAGUACGACGGGUCCAGUGCUGAUGACUCUCAAGCGUAACGAGAGAGGAUCCUUUCGACAAUUGGUCGCGGAUUUGGGUCGGCUGCCCAAGGCUCUGACGACAGUACGAGCACGAGCAACAGACGUCCCGACGGACGUAGCGGAGUUAACGUCCCAACUUGUGAUUUACCCGGUAAUCACACCGGCUACUACUAAUUGUCUUGCCAUGGCUAUUGCCCAAGCGGCAACGGACGCGUCCCUGGACGGUCCAGACAGGCAUCUGGAGCUACUGACAGCUUGCCUUAAACGGGGGAUUAAAUUGUCGGGCUUGCUGGAUCUGGAGGAUCAGUAUGCUCACGAUCAUAGAGUUCAUGCUGAUGCUGGCUAG